AUGCUUCUAACUACUGUGGGUAAAUAUGGGAAUAAUCAGAUGUAUACUAUCGCGUGGGGUGUAGUGGAGGGUGAGAAUGCAGAUUCUUGGAGGUGGUUCUUGAACACUUUGUCUCAAGAGUUAGGCAUGGUAGAUGGAAGAAGUUGGAGUGUCAUUUAUGACCAGCAGAAGGGACUUGUUGAAGCUCUACGUGAUCUCCUACCUGAAGCUGAGCAUAGAAAAUGUGCUAGGCAUAUUUAUGCAAAUUGGAAGGCAAAAACAAAACAGAUUCUAUCCAGAAUCAAGUAUAGGGGAAUGAGGCUGAUUGACAUGCUUGAGGGUAUUAGGGGGUAUUUGAUGGAUAGGUUUGUGUUGAAGUACAAAAUGUUGUAUGAUAACCCUGAUCAGCUAUGCCCUAGAAUUAGGAAGAGAAUUGAGAAGGAGAAGGCUCUUGCUAGAUUGUGCACUUCUAGGCAAACAUUAGAUGACAAGUGUGAGGUUAAGAUGGGAACUCGAGGGUACAUUGUCGACCUCAACAAUCGUAGAUGUAUUUGUGGGUAUCGGGCAGUAUGCAAUCCUUGUUUCCAUGGGAGACAAGCAUGGCCAGAGGCCUCUGGCUACCCUGUGCUCCCUCCAAAACAAAGAGCUAUGCCUGGAAGACCUAAAAAAAUAGGGGGAAAGCAGCACAUGAGUUUGAGGUUCGACCUCAAGCGCAUGGAGUGGAGGAGCAGGACCCUUCCUAGAUCGAGGGAGGCCACUCAACAACCUGCCUCAGCAACUGGAAAGAGGACAAGAGUGUCCCAUUGCAGCAAAUGUGGCUCUGCCACACAUAAUGCUAGAACAUGUCCCCUUAAUCAAGGGGCUGGAAUUCAGCAAGUAAGGCUAAAUGUGGAUGAUCGAAGAACCAUAGAACGUGAGAUGAGGGUAGCAACAAGAGGAAUAGGAGUCUAUGUAGAUGAAACUACUGGUAACCAGUAUGUUAGGCUGAAUGGAGCACGUGGACGUGCAGUGGAUGUGGGUCAACCUACAGUGGUAGACGUCCAGGGAAGUCAGCCCCCAGCAACACAACCAGAGACUUGA